AUGGCGCUCUUAGAGGAGCAACUAAAGGUUGAAGAAAGAAUACGAACGAUGCGAAUUCAAAAAGAAGCUGAUAAGACAGCAAGAACAAAUCGAGAUCAAAAGCCAUCAACUUCCCGCGAAAAACCAAAAAAUCCAACCGUCCCUUCAACUGUCCGUUCAAAACAUUCCAAGCAAAACCUAACACAGAAGAAAACAGCCAGAAAAGAACCCGCUAAAGACGACUCUCACAAAUCAAUGAACAUUUCCUUCAAUCAAAACGACACUGCAACGCUUCUCGAGCAGCUCACUUUACUGGAAUCCGCGCUCAAGCAUCGGCAGCACAAAUUGUUGACCAAAUAA